AAUUGCGCAUUUUCCUGUGAGGGAUAGGAACUUAAUAAUAUCCGAAAUUGAAAAGUAGUUUUUGGUUGAGCCCAAAAUGACAGUUUUGACAAUCAGAUCUGUCAAAAUAAAAUCGCCAUAUUUUUCUCAUACUUCGUCAUUUGCUCGUGCAGCUGCAAACAAAACCGAACAAACCAAAAUGAUUUCCUCCCGUAUGACGACCGUCGCCCGUACCGCUCUGGUUCAGCACCAGCGCCGUGGAUUCUACUCGGUCACUCCCGGACUACCGCAAGUCCGAGUGUCGCUCGGUGAAAAAGUCAUCCACGGACUUGCCAUUUUCGGCGGAGUGUUAGCUUAUCCAGUCUGGGUGUUGGCCCAUAUGCGUGAGUACAGAACGGGCGGACACUAAACAAUCGAUAGACCGAUUGUUUACAUCCUAGCUCGUUAGGAAAUAUAGUUGCUAGUGUUCGGCGGAACCGGAGCAAGACUAAACCAAGUCGUCGCCGGGUGUGUUGUUUGCACCCGUUUAUCUGUAAGUUCCAAAGUUGUUUCAAGAAAGUGCUAUGCUAAUCGAUGGAGUAAUAAAAUAAUCGGAAACUAGCCGAACAA